UGGAGUGUUUAUGUUGCACCCCUCGAUAAGACUAAUGGGCUGAUCAUAGCAGGGUGAUAAAAUGGAGAAGAAUGAGAGUGUAAAGAAAAGUGACUAAUGCUUUACUUUGCUGGGUCAAGGGCUCAGGACUGUGGAGAGGCAGCUCUGAACACAAAGAUAGUGGGUGGCCAGAAUGCCAAAGCCGGCUCGUGGCCCUGGCAGGUCAGCGUGCACUUGGUUCAGUAUCACAUCUGCGGAGGGACCCUCAUCAGUAACGAGUGGGUGCUCACAGCAGCCCACUGCAUCUUAACGAAUGAAACCAAUUCAUGGAUUCUCUACUUUGGAAGAGAAACUCAAAGUGGUCCUAAUGUGAAUGAGGUGAACCGCACUGUUUCCCAAGUCAUCAUCCAUCCUAACUACAGCAACCUAAACAAUGACAUUGCCCUGAUGAAGCUCAGCAGCCCCGUCACUUUCAACAACUACAUCAGACCCAUCUGCCUGGCAAGUAACACCAGCGAGUUCUUAAACUCCACCCUCUGCUGGGCCACUGGAUGGGGAAAACUUGGAAAAAAUGAGAGUUUGCCAGCCACUAAGAAACUUCAGGAGGUGGAGAUCCCUGUCAUCGAAAACGAGCAGUGCAGCAGCGCUUACCAAAAAUUAAUAAACAUCACUAACAGCAUGAUUUGUGCUGGGAAAGAGAACAAAGGAGCAUGUCAGGGAGACUCUGGUGGACCUUUGCAGUGCAAACAAGGCUCACAGUGGAUCCAGGCUGGCAUUACCAGUUUUGGGGUACCUUGUGCCCUUUUGGGUUUCCCUGAAGUCUAUGCCCGAGUGUCUGAGUUCCAAGACUGGGUCAGACAAGUGGCAGGAGCCCGUGUUGGAUUUGUGACAUAUGGAAAUGACACCAACAAACCUAGCAACAAGACUACGGCCUCCACAUCAUCAACCUUGACAGCUGUGCUUGUGUUUGUGACAGUGUUCCUGCAGCUCAUUUAGAUCAAUAGUACAGUUUUGCAAAAAAACUUCUUUUGUGUUUAACUUUUAAAUUCAUUUUACG